AUGUCGAUGGUUAAAGUGCUUCAAUUUGUUAAUGGGUUAAAGUCCCGUAACAAAGAUGUGCAAAACCGAGCGAUUCACGACCUUUCCAUGUACGUAAAGACGGAGCUACGUGAAACUCCGGACGACAUGUUUUUUGAAGAUUUCAAUCACCACAUAUUCGAAAUGUUAACCAGUACGGAUAACAACGAAAAGAAAGGCGGAAUUUUAGCUAUCGAUUGUCUCAUCAAUGGUGAUGUCGUGAAUACGACCAAUAAAAUUUCCCGAUACUCCAACAAUCUGCGCAAUUUGUUGCCCGUAAGUGACGCAUGCGUUAUGGAAUUAGCCGCAAAAGUGCUUGUUAAGUUGGCGCUCCUACCCGGCUCUAAUGGUGCUAGUUCGUUCGAGUUUGACAUCAAGCGUGCCUUCGAAUGGCUUUCAGAAGAUAGGGCUGAAAACAAGCGCCUGGCUGCCGUGCUCGUGCUAAGGGAAUUGGCCGGUGCCAUGCCAACAUUCUUUUACCAGCAGGUGGCAAGUUUCUUCGAUCACAUCUUUGUUGCCAUUAAGGAUCUAAAACCGGCUAUUCGAGAAGGAGCUGGUCAGGCAUUACGUGCGGUGUUAAUUGUCAUCUCCCAGCGUGAAGGAACAAAACAAAACAACAACAACUGUACCCAGUGGCAUAUGAUUUGUUAUAAUCAGGCAUAUGAGUGUUUGGGACGCGAGAAACAUCUAAAUCGUGAUGAUCAUCGUAUACACGGUGCACUGAUUGUGUUUAACGAAAUACUCCGGUGUUCCCAUGCUGCAUGGGAGAAGAAAUAUGUGCAAUUUGAAACGCGCUUAAAUGUUGAUCAGCAAAAGCAACAAUCGAACAAUCGCACCAGGAGCAUUAGCUACGACCAUCACCAUUACGAUGAUGACGACGGUGGAGGUGGUGGCGGUAGCGGCGGUUGCGAUGAUGAUGAACAAACCCGAGGGUUCUUUCCCCGCAUUCGCGUGCCUUUCGUUAUGGGGGCCUCGACACAUGGUAGUCACGCGGGACGCCACUCGCGAUACUAUGAUGUGGUAACAGAUUUGAAAUUUUUUCGCCAAAACAACAGCGUACAAGAAUCGGCCCUUUAUAGAGCAUUGGUGAAGGAAAAGUAUGAUGCAAUUUGCCAGGCCGUUUUGGAUCAGCGUACCUCAAAAUCGCCAUACGUCAUUCAGUCACUGCUGACCAUCUUUCCCCGUUUGGCUGCCUUCAAUCGGCAAGAAUUUGUGAGACUUCACCUGCACACGGUAGCAAACUACUUGCUCACAUUGGCACGCGGUAAGGAGAAGGAACGUAAUGGAGCGUUCAUUUCGUUGGGGUAUAUUGCUGUAGCGGUUGAAAAACAAAUCGAACCGUACGUGAAACGCAUAAUGGAGCUAAUUGCAGCCGCGUUACCUCCCAAGGACACCCCCAGCAAGCGAAAGCUUCCCGUCGUAGAUCCAUCCGUGUUCAUGUGUGUUGCACUGUUGGGUAAUGCACUGAAAGGACAAGUUGCAACGGAAAUAAGUGAGAUUAUUGCGCCCAUGCUAUCGACGGGGCUAAGCCCUGCAUUAAUCGUUUGUUUGCGGCAACUAUGCGAAACGGUACCACAAGUGCAAUCAGAAAUCACGGCAGGCUUGUUAAAGAUUCUUUCGUACGUGUUGAUGAAUCGACCGCUACCCCAAUUUAUCGUACCGAAAUCAAACGCCGGUGGUGCGUCGCCCUCGACCUUUCAACUUGGCAAUUUUGAGUCACAUCAACUACAAGUGCAUGAUACGGCGACGGUAGUUUUGGCGUUGCAGAUACUUGGUACGUUCAGCUUCGACGAUGCCGGUGGAUGCAACUUGUUGCAGUUUGUGCAGCGAUGUGCAGAUCAUUUCCUCAACAGCGAACAACAGGAGAUUCGGCUCGAAGCGGUACACACAUGCACUCUCCUUCUAAAGCAGGCGCUUCGGAAGGCGACCAUCUCCGAUAGCAACACAGAUAGCGCUCAAACUACAGGCAUCGGAAACGAUGUUUCCGAGACGCUCACGCAAACACUCGGCUCGGUGUUGGAAAAAAUUUUACUGGUUGGCAUUACGGAUGUCGAUCCUACUGUGCGUUUGUGCGUCCUCAAAUGUCUUGACGAUUCGACGAGUUUUGACACGCAGCUGGCCCAACCGUGGUUUCUUAGCUCAUUGCUAGUCACCAUUCAUGAUGAGGUGUUCGAAAUACGCCAACUUGCAAUUAUCAUCAUCGGUCGGCUAUCGACGAUAAACCCUGCGUACGUGAUGCCAAGUCUUCGCAAAACGAUGGUACAACUGCUCACGGAACUGCAACACUCGGGUAUAGGCCGGAACAAAGAACAAAGUGCGCGAAUGUUGGAUCACUUGAUCGUUAGCACACCACGGCUAGUUGCUUCCUACAUGCGCCCGAUUCUAACGAUACUAGUGCCAAAGUUGACCGAACCCGAACCAAACCCGAGCGUGGUGCUAAACGUGCUUCGUGCUAUUGGUGAUCUUGCUGAGGUAACGGGUGGUCAACAUGUGCUGCAUAAGUGGUCUGAUGUACUGUUUCAGUUGCUUCUGGAUAUGCUUAGUGAUGCAGGAUCCACGGAGAAGCGCGCCGUUGCCUUGUGGACGUUUGGACAGCUUGUAAGCGCUACGGGCCAGGUCGUGGUUCCUUACAACAAGUAUCCAAAUCUAAUUGACAUUUUGAUCAACUUUUUGAAAACAGAACAACAGCUUUAUGUCCGACGCGAAACUAUCCGAGUGCUCGGACUGCUUGGUGCCCUCGACCCGUACAAACACAAAAUGAAUCGAGGUUUGAUCGACAGCCAAACGAGCGCCAACAUUCUGAUUUCCGUGUCAGACACAACGGCAGCGACCGCUACGACGACGACGCGGAACGAUGAGGACCUUUCAACGUCGCAAAUGUUAAUAAACAUGAGUUCCCACCACCAGCUCGAUGAGUAUUAUCCGGCAGUGGUUAUAUCGACACUCAUGAAAAUAUUACGUGAUCCAACGCUGUCUAAUCAUCACCUAAGCGUUGUGCAGGCAAUUACAUUCACGUUCACCAGUCUCGGCAUUAAGGGUGUGCCCUACUUAUCGCAGGUGUUACCAUGCCUUCUGAAAAACAUUGUCACAGCCGAGAUGAGCCUCAAGGAGUAUCUGUUUCAGCAGCUGUCCACAUUGAUAUCGAUUGUGAAGCAGCACAUUAUAGGUUUUAUGGAUGAAAUUUUUCAAUUGAUACAGAUGUUCUGGACGACCGUUGUCUCAUUGCAGCCUACUAUCAUCAACUUGGUGGAAAAGAUAGCUACUGCGCUGGGAUGUGAAUUCAAGGUGUACCUGCCCCAACUAAUGCCACAAAUGCUGCGCGUUCUACUACACGAUACAUCCAAAGACCGCGCCGUAACGGUUAAGCUGCUCGGGGCAAUGCGCAACUUUGGCAACAACCUGGAUGACUAUUUACAUCUCAUCAUACCCGCGAUAGUCAAGCUAUUCGAACCCAUCGAUAUUCCACUCAAUGUUUCCAUAACGGCGCUGCAGACCAUCAACUAUCUCGCAGAAGUGCUCGAUUUUACCGAUUUUUCCUCUCGUAUCGUGCAUCCGUUAGUACGCGUGCUCGACAACUAUCCCGAACUACGAUCUGUUGCGCUAAGCACGUUGUGCUCGAUCAUGCUUCAGCUCGGUCGCAAGUAUUUGGUUUUCGUGCCCCUGGUGAACCGUGUCAUGAUAAAGCACAAAAUCCCGUCCGUAGAAUACACAAAGCUACUUACAAAAUUGCAAAACAACAGUACGCUUGCCAUGGACGAUGAAUUUCGGAUCCGACAGGCGCGAAAUAGAAAUCGAGAAAUUUCACUGCCCAGUGAUAGCACGAUAAAAAAAUUUCCCGUCUCAAUGUCCGAUUUGGAACAAAUGUUUAAAGCGAACCGACGCGUCUCGAAGGACGAUUGGCUGGAAUGGUUACGCCGGUUGAGCAUCAUACUAUUGAAGGAAUCCAAAAAUCCAGCAUUAAGGUCGUGCGCCACGCUGGCUCAGAACUAUCCUCAGCUGUUGAAAGAUUUGUUUAAUGCUGCCUUUGUUUCCUGCUGGUCCGAUCUGUCCGACAAACUCAAGCAAGAUCUUGCACACAGUCUCACGCAGGCUUUAACAGUGCAAGACCUGCCUGAAAUUACCCAGACAGUGCUUAAUUUAGCCGAGUUCAUGGAGCAUUGCGAAGCCUCUAGUCCCCUCAAGAUUGAUUCAAAGAUUCUUGGUGAACGUGCCAUGGAGUGUCGGGCAUACGCAAAGGCGCUUCACUAUAAGGAGGAAGAGUUUCAUCAGACGGCAGAUCAACAACGGCGAAAUCAAUCAGCUUUGUUUGAAUCACUCAUACUAAUCAACAACAAGCUGCAACAGAAGGAAGCCGCCGAAGGUCUGCUAGAGUACGCCGGCCGUCAUCGGUCUAGCGCCGAGGAAAUGAAAGUGCAAGUUCGUUGGUACGAAAAGCUACACAGCUGGGAGCAGGCGCUGGCGCUCUACUCGGAAAAACUGAAAUCCAAUCCUAACGAUAUCGAGGCGCGGCUAGGCGAAAUGCGCUGUCUGGAAGCAUUGGGUGAGUGGUCGACGCUGAAUGCAGUCACAAAAGCAAACUGGGACACGCUUGGCGGUGUCGAUUCAGCAACAGAGGGUCAAAGUAAGGCGGGUCGGCUGGCAGCCGCUGCGGCAUGGGGAUUACAGGAUUGGGAAGGAAUGCAACGAUUUGUGUGCUGUAUUCCGGAAGAUACGCAAGACGGAGCAUUCUAUCGUGCCGUGUUGGCUGUGCACAACGAGCAAUAUGAACUGGCACAAAGUUUGAUCGAUUCGACGCGGGAUCUUCUCGAUACCGAACUUACAGCCAUGGCGGGAGAAUCGUACGAGCGUGCCUACGGAGCAAUGGUUUGUGUGCAGAUGCUUGCCGAGCUUGAAGAAGUGAUUCAGUAUAAGCUGAUUCCAGAACGCCGAGAAACUAUCAAGUCCAUGUGGUGGGAUCGGUUGCUUGGUGGUCAACGUUUAGUCGAAGAUUGGCAACGUGUGAUUCAGGUACAUUCGCUAGUACUGUCACCCAAGGAGGACAUAAGAACGUGGCUAAAGUUUGCUUCUUUGUGCCGUAAAAAUGGGUCACUCAAAUUAUCAAACAAAACGCUUGUUAUGCUAUUAGAGUACGAUCCAAUGCAAAAUUUGAGCGAACCGCUGCCAAUUGAUAAGCCACAUGUUACAUUUGCAUACACAAAACACUUGCACAUGGCUGGCUACGUGAAUGAGGCAUACGAUCAUCUCAAUCGUUUUGUGGCAUCUUUUAGUUUGCAAGCAUUUAACACCAACGGAAGCAGCAGUGCGGUGGAGGAUUGCAAAGAUGAAAAUAGGCGGCUGCUGGCGAGAUGUUUCCUCAAGCUGGGCAUGUGGCAGAGCAGCUCCACCGGAGGAAACCUUCUGUUAAAGGAACAACUGGUUAAUGACAUUCUUAUAUGCUACAACCGAGCAACAAAGCAUGAUCCGAAUUGGUACAAAGCGUGGCACAACUGGGCCUACAUGAACUUUGAGGUAGUACAAGCAAAGAAACAACUCGGCGAAGAAUCUACAAAAAACCCGUCGGUCAGUGGUAGCGGUGGAGGCGGUACCACUUCAGAAAAAAAUUUGAUCAAGUAUCACGCGGUGCCGGCCGUUCGGGGAUUUUUCCAAUCGAUAAAUCUGUCACAAGGUAAUUCAUCGUUGCAAGAUACACUACGACUUCUAACGCUGUGGUUUGAUUAUGCGCAAUAUGAAGAAGUUUACGACGCGCUAGUCGAAGGAAUGCGGGUGAUCGAUAAAAACACGUGGCUACAGGUAAUUCCACAGCUGAUCGCACGAAUAGAUACGCCACGGAAUCUCGUUGGUCAGCUUAUAAACUACCUGUUGACGGAGAUUGGUAAAACCCAUCCACAGGCCCUUGUCUACCCACUAACGGUGGCAUCGAAAUCUGCACCCGGUACGCGAAAGCAAGCAGCACAUAAAAUCCUUACCAACAUGUGCGAACAUUCGGCUACUCUAGUAAAACAGGUGUUGCUCAUCAGCGAGGAAUUGAUACGGGUGGCUAUACUGUGGCACGAGCAGUGGCACGAAGGUCUCGAAGAAGCGUCACGUUUAUACUUCAGCGAAAACAAUGUUGCAGGAAUGUUUGCUACUCUGGAACCUCUCCACGCAAUGCUACAAAGGGGGCCGCAAACAUUGAAGGAAUCUUCCUUCAAUCAGGCAUACGGUCGCGAAUUGACCGAAGCACAAGAAUGGUGCAAACAUUACAAGAAUUCCCGAAAUAUUCGCGAGCUGAAUCAGGCAUGGGAGUUGUACUAUCACGUAUUCCGACGCAUUUCGCGUCAACUUGUUCAGCUGACAUCCUUGGAGCUGCAGUACGUAAGCCCGAAGCUUCUCGCAUGUCGCAACCUGGAACUGGCGGUCCCAGGCAGCUACACACCUGGCCACAGCUUGAUUUGCAUCGCAAGCAUCGAAACUAGCCUUACAAUCAUUACUUCGAAGCAGCGUCCAAGAAAACUGUGCAUCCGAGGAUCGAAUGGCAAAAAUUAUAUGUUUUUACUUAAAGGCCACGAAGAUUUGCGCCAGGACGAGCGAGUUAUGCAACUGUUUGGACUGGUAAACACCCUGUUGCUAAAUGACCGCGAUACAUUUCGACGAAAUCUUACCAUUCAACGGUACGCCGUAAUACCGCUUAGUACCAAUUCUGGUUUGAUUGGGUGGGUUCCCAAUUGUGACACCUUGCACAAACUAAUACGCGACUAUCGGGAGUCGAAAAAGACUAUGCUAAACAUUGAGCACCGCAUCAUGUUACGAAUGGCACCGGAUUACGAUCAUCUUACAGUUAUGCAGAAAGUGGAAGUAUUUGAGCAUGCUCUCGAGCAAACCAAAGGUGACGAUUUAGCAAAGCUGCUCUGGCUAAAGAGCCCUUCAUCGGAAGAAUGGUUUGACCGACGCACAAAUUAUAUUCGUUCGUUGGCGGUCAUGUCGAUGGUCGGUUACAUCCUAGGGCUUGGCGACCGACAUCCUUCCAAUCUGAUGUUAGAUCGAAUAAGUGGGAAAAUUUUGCACAUAGAUUUUGGAGACUGUUUUGAGGUUGCCAUGACGCGAGAAAAGUUUCCCGAGAAAAUUCCUUUUCGACUGACGCGUAUGCUAAUCAACGCAAUGGAAGUGACGGGCAUCGAGGGAACGUAUCGUAGAACUUGCGAAAGUGUCAUGCACGUUUUACGACGCAACAAAGAUAGCCUGAUGGCUGUCCUUGAAGCCUUUGUGUACGACCCGUUGCUAAACUGGCGUCUGUUAGACUCUGACAGGUUGCGUCGAUCGAAAAAUGCCGGCGAUAUGGAGAGUGUGUCCGCCGGUAGCAUGGACGAUGACUCCAUGGCUAGUUACAAUAAUCAUGCGGCUCGAAGAGACGCUCGAAUGAAUGAGUUAAACGCUGGGACAAUGGCCAUGGCUGCUGUGACGGGGGGUGCUGGCGGUCAAUCGACAGUGACAACUAGCAUGGCUCUCGGCAGUGGCACGGCUUGUGCACCACCGCCUAUAGGCAACAACGCUUCCGGCGGAGGCGCUACUGCCGCCUCCGGAGGGGGUGGCGAUAUGCCGGAUGGCUGCAAUUUCGCUGUGCAGCAGAAUCCGGUCGAUGUAACUAAUAAAAAAGCUCGCGUGAUUGUAGACCGCGUGAAGGAUAAGCUAACAGGUAAAGAUUUUGGCAAAGCCGAACCCGUAGCCGUGAAUAGGCAAAUCGAUUUGCUAAUCCAACAGGCGACGAGUAACGAGAAUCUUUGUCAAUGCUAUAUUGGUUGGUGCCCAUUUUGGUAAUGGUACAGUCUGUAGUUUCACUUUUCUUAUUGCGUAACUUCCUCAAACAUAUUCAAUCAUUGCAACGUUAUCCACGUUUUGUUUAUAACCAGGAACAGUCUACACCAAGUCAUUACUUAUUCUUUGCAUUAUUAUUGAAAUAAAAAAGCUAUA